UUUGAUUUUCUUUUUCAAAUAAUUCUCGCUGUGUUUCCUCUGUUUUUCCUGCUUUCUUCUUCCUUUCUGAUAUUCUGUCUUCUGGUUUUUACCUUGCAUUUGUGAAAUAAGAGAUAGAAAACAAAAGUUUUUGUUUUUAUUUAUUUAUUUUUUUCUGUUUGUGUUUGUGUUUGCUUUUGUUUUUCUUGAUUCAAGCAUUUCACUCUAUGAUUUUUUUUUUUGGUGUCUAAUAUCAUAGAUUUAUCUGAAAAUUAAAAACUCUAGCAAUAAUCAAGUUGUAAGUUAUGGCGAUCUUUAAAUCGGGUCAAACACUCUUUGUUUUACUUUGCUUUGGCAAAGUAUUAUCGGUCUUCUGAGCAGAGUAGCAAUAAAGAUAAAAAAUCAUUUCUGAUUUCUGUGUUUCGUUUUGUUUCAAGAACAAUGGGGGAAGCAAGUGAAAACAGAAAGAAAAGUAGAGAAAUGCACAAUCUUUCAUUACAGUUGGAGAAGUAUCCAAGAGAUCUGUUGCAGAAAUUUAUGUCAACCAGUGACACUCAACAAUCGCAAGACCUUACACCAACUUCUCAUAAGGAAGAAAAAGUUGGAGAAAUCGAGCUAAAUCUCGGGCUAUCACUUGGUGGACGAUUUGGGGUUGACAAAAAUGCCAAGAAAAAGCUAAUUCGAUCCUCAUCUAUAGCAGGCUCAAUACCGAUAUCUAGGGAGCUUGAUAUCGCAACAACACCUACAGCAGCUUCAACUACAACGAUGACUGCACAAUCUGUAAUGUAUCCUGCACUUAUAAGAACCUCUUCGUUGCCCACGGAGACGGAAGAGGAGUGGAGGAAGAGAAAGGAGCUGCAGACUUUGAGAAGAAUGGAAGCAAAGAGGAGGAGAAACGAAAAGCAAAGGAAUUCUAGUUCAAAUGCUAGUGGAAAUUCAAAAGUGGAUAGAAUGGAGCUAAAUUUGGAGGAAGAGAAGCAAGCUUUGACAGCAAAUAGGGCGGUGGGGUCGGCUUUUGGGAUGCAAAGCUGGGCCACUGCGGCCAGGCAAGCCUUGCUUACGGGUGGAGUAAAAGGCGGCGGUGGGUUCUUGCAGGGGUUGGUGCAGCCUAGUUCACAAGGCUCUGUGGAGUCUCAAGGUGGGAGUUCAUCUGGUAUGUCUGAAUUGGAGAGUAAACCUAUUAAAGGAUCAAGUAGUGGUGGAGAGAUGAGAAGCCCUGCUAGUACCCGAUCCUGGCAAGAUCGAAGCAGUCAAGAGAUUGUAGGUUCUUCAGGGACAAAGACAAAUGAAAAUGCAGGGAGAACUUCCAUGAUAGAGAUGGAGAAUCUAUCCAAGAAACUUGAAUCUGCAACUAGUGGGAUGAAUGCCUAUGAAGAUAUGCCUGCUGUCUUCACCAAAGGGUCUGGUCCCAAUGGAAGAAGGAUAGAUGGCAUUCUAUACAAGUAUGGAAAGGGAGAGGAAGUGAGAAUAAUGUGUGUAUGCCAUGGCAGUUUUCUAUCACCAGCCGAGUUUGUUAAGCAUGCAGGCGGUGGUGAUGUCGAUCACCCACUUAGGCAUAUUGUGAUAAAUCCUUCCCCUAUCCCCUUGUCAUGACUUCCGUCCAAGCUGCCCCUUAGAAAUUAGUCUUUCCAUUUGAUUUUUCAAGUUCUAGAUAGGGAACAUAAUAUAAUAUUAACUGUUUCUGAUGCUAUGAGUGAGUUCUAAUGCAUCUCUUUAAGAGGCUUUUCUGCUAAUCUUUGUCUAAAAGACUGAAUUAGGCAAAUGAAUAGAAGCAAAACCAUGUAAAAAUUUGCUAGAUUGCAUUUAUCUAUAGCUAAGGUCUCUCCUCCAA